CGGCCCCGGCGCGCUCUCCGUAUUUGGAGAAGCAGGCUGGGUCUCAGUCGGACACAGGCGCCCGGCCGGCCGACAGCACCGGACCACCUGUGGGCUAAUCGCUCUCUGGUGCCGGCGGGGAGGCGGUGGUGGCUCCCGGAAUGGUGCUGGUGAUUUGGUGACGUGGUGCUGGUGACCCCGGUGGUCGUUUCGGCUCUGUGGAGUGGAGAAAAGUGGUGUAUUGGUGGUGAAGCGUUGCAGUAUGGGAAGCGACUCGGUGGUCUGACUCGUGGUGCCGAGUGUGCUGAGAAGCAGACCUGCCGUCUAUACGCCGAUGCAAUGAUUAAGCUCUUUCGCCAGCUCAGUGAUCAGUCGGAAUAUGGGCCUCGGCUGGCUCCCGCCGCGGACUCCCCUCCCAGCGGGAUGACGUCAUCAGCACCUCGGCCGCGGAACCCUCUGCGUCGGCUGGCCAACAGUCUGAAGUCGCACACCCGUCCGACGGUGGUCCGUCGUCGGCAGCUCAUCACCGCCGACCCCUGCCGCACCAACAUCGAACACCUGGUGUUCCGCUCCGACCCGCGGCCGCAGGAGGGCAGUACCACCGCUACAGGUGUCGCUGCGGUCGCCGUGCACCGCCGGGUGCGCUCAGCCUCAGCUGACGGAAAAGUGUGCGGCUCGCGGUCGCCGCCGCGACAACACCUGUCAGAAAACGACACUUCUGGGACGCUUCCGCGGCGCGGUACUGUGGUUAGAGUCGACGGGGAGACUCCACCCAGACGAAAGCCUCGUCUCCGUCAUGUGAAGCCCCCGGAGAUACCCGGUACCGACCGGGGUGACCAAUGGGACUGGCGACCCCCGCGGCUGGGACGGCUGACAACCAGCGUACCCGAUAUCCUCUGCAACAUUCGAGCUCCACCGGAGGAGCCUAACUCAGACUCGGACGCGUCUAACCCAUCCUCUCCGCUACAAAUACCUGCCUCAUUAUACCACUUAUCCCGCCUGGACAGUUCCGACUCGAUUCGAUCAUCUGAAUUAUCACCUCAUCCCAGCACAGCCAGCGGCGCCGGCCCGGGUGCUCCCCCGGCAGUCAGAGACAGUGCGUUCCUGCGCCGGGCGCGUGCCAAGCCGGUGCGCCGUCGCUCUCUGACUGUCACCGUCUCCGACCCUAACGAGAGGCGGCGCUCGCGGCGGCCGUCUGGUCGAGAGGUCAUGGGGGCGGGGCCUGGGCCGGCAGCCGGCCGGCCCGGCGCCCUGGGCCCGGCGCUGAUUACACAUUCGGCCCGGCCGGCGGCGGCCCUCUCCGGAGAGCAGUCAGUCGCGGGCCAGCAUCCGACGCGCACGGCCCGCGGGCCACCGACGGCGCACAUUCAGCGGACAGGCGGCGCGCGCGGUCCCCCACCGGCGCAGGAGCCACGCGGCGGCGCCAUGCGCGUGGCACGCUACACCGCAGAGCCGCCACCGCCGCUACCGCAAAACGUCUGGAAAAAUGGAAACUCGGCCGAUUUUGGGUUACAUGGCCAGCCGAGUAGAACAUGCGAGUCGCCGCCGCCGCGUGACGGCCGGCCGCGCGUCAGUGCGUUCCCGCUGGCGCUGCCGCUGCCGCCGUCGCCGCGGCCGGCCGAGCGCGCUCAGUGGUCGCGCGGCCCGCGCGCAGGUAGCACCUCUCGGCCCGGCACCGCGCUCGGCCGCUCCGAAUCGCUGCACGACUCCAGCGCCAGGGCGCGAGAGAGGUUCUUCGACGCGCUCAGUUCCACCAGCGAGCGGCUGAGACGCAGGAGGAACUCCACCUGGGACUCGACAUCAGCGGAGACCGGUGCUGGGCGGGUGCUAUUCCCCAGUGAGCGUGUUAGCGCGGCGGACAGUGUCAGUGACCGGGUGAGAAGUGAGACUGUGAGCGGUGAGCGCCGAGAGACGAGCGGUGUGAGCGGGACGGUGAGACGCCGCGCUCACAGUGAGACCCGGCGAGAGGACAGUGCAGUGAGCGCCGCCGCUGGUGACAGACUCAGACAGAGCAGUAAGUACGCGGCUCCCCGUGUGCGUGUGUCUCGGACUGAGAGUGUGGACGGCCGCGUGUGGACGGACUCUUUGCGCAGGUACCGCUCGCUGCCGCGGCCGCGCUCGCCCAAUCUCCACCCGUCGAUUGAUAGUAUCGACUUCCAUCCGUCGGAGCCGAUAUACGACACUCCACCUGGCCGGCCGCUGCGGCGCGUGUCGCGAGAUGACCUGACCCUGGCGGCGGGUCAGGCCGAGGCGACAGACAGCGACCAGGAGAUGCCCGGGCGCGUCUCAAACAUCCCCGUGUACCGGCGUCGGCCGCCCGCCGGCGCCGACAGCUCGUCGGCCUGCAGCUCGACCGCCGCUCAGAAAUUUGCCGACGACAGGGGCAGACGAGCCCCGACCUCCACCACCACCAAUGCGUCAGGGGCGGCCCGCAGACGGUAA